GCAAAGCUUAGGGUUCUUCACAUUUACAGCUGGAAAUUUAUAAGGUGAAGAGUCUCCAUCCUUUAAAGUCAGAUUGCAAGUGUUCAACUACACCACAGCGUAACUAUGAAGUGGAUCUUCGCUCUCAUCUUUGUCUCAGUGUGCGUCGGCACUGGUUCGGCCUUGAAAUGUUACAACUGUGCGACUGGAGUCUGCAAUGACCCUUUCAGUGCGACGGAUGCCACUGAAGAAACGUGUACUGCAGGCGUAGACGACGCAUGCCUUAAAUCUAAACUUGCUGACGUCGUCACUUUAAGGGGGUGCGCUUCAUCAUCUGUUUGCUCUUCGGCCGGAGGAACAGACAGCUGUAAGUCUGCCGAAGCAUUGGGAAUUCGAGCGGACAACUGCUGCUGCACCACGGAACUCUGCAAUAGCGCCACCAAGGGUGGAGUCAGUGCAGUCGUCCUGGUGAUGGCAGGCCUCCUCGCAAAUGCUGCUUUCUAAUUGCAGUAUUGAGCCUAUGUAAUCAAGUCAUUACAUAUAAAGUAGUCUAAAAGUAUCUACCUUUGCAAUUUCAAUAUGCCUCAAUGUGAAAAAAAAAUAGCCUUACUGUUCUGUUUUCAAAAUAAAAAAGCAUAAUUAUUGUGGGCGUCGGCGGAAUUAUGUGGCAAAAUAUCAAAUUUAAAUUAUAAACUUCAAUCACAAUCAUGAUUCGUUAGGUCCAUCUCAUCAUAUCCGGGACGAGUUUCUGAGAGGUUGCAUUGUCCGGAGGAAGCUCUUGCAUUUGUUCUGGACAUGUUCUGGGGAAACUUGCAUUAUACUUGACUCGCCAAUACAGAUAAUGGCCAUGCGGUAAGAUUGCGGGGAGUUGUUCAGAAU